UCUCUUCCCUUUCUCUCUCUUUUUUAAAAAUGAAUUCUAGUUUACAUACUGUAGAGGGUGCUCGUAUCUUGUGUACUGCUGAUGUCCGAGGCAACAUCUCGGAAUUGAAUAAGCUUGCCAAAGAACAUGGAGCAGAUUAUAUUAUUCAUACAGGAGACUUUGGAUUUUAUGAUAGGUCCAGUUUAGACCGUAUUGGUGAAAGACCCUUAAAGCACUGGAUUCAAUACAGUACAUUGAUCCCAUCCCAAACACGUUCUCACAUAUUGAGCUGCUCGCCAGAUACGAUGUAUCGUACCUUGGAACAAUCACCUGAGACGUUGCUAUCAGAAUUUCCAAGCUUCUUGUCAGGCGAAAAACGACUGGAUGUUCCUGUCUAUACUGUCUGGGGUGCCUGCGAGGAUGUGGCUAUUCUUGAAAAGUUUAGAUCUAAUGAAUAUCAAAUCGAAAACCUCCAUAUCCUUGAUGAGGCUACCACACAUCUCCUGGAUGUCGGAGGUGUCAGUCUGCGUUUAUUUGGCUUGGGCGGUGCUGUCGUACAACAUAAAUUGUUUGAUAAUGGUGAAGGAGCAGAAACAAUCGCAGGUGGCAUGGGUGUAAUGUGGACAACCACUUUGCAGAUUGGUGAACUAGUGGAAUUGGCUAAUACUGUCUAUGACCCUACAGAAACUAGAGUCUUGGUGACGCAUGCAAGUCCUGGACGAGAAGGCCUGUUGGCACAACUUGCCUUGACUCUUCAAGUUGAUUUUACUAUUUCUGCAGGACUUCAUUUCCGUUACAAUAUCGCCUAUAAUGAAUUUGCUUGCCAACCUGACAUUGAUCAUUUCAGAGACAGAUUAAUUCAAUCACAGCAGCAAUUCAUGCAGGUGUGGGAAACAGUCAAGGAGCAAGUAGAAGAAUCAGUCGAUGAACAUCAAUACCAACUGCUUCGUAAUGCUUUGAAGGUAGUCAACCGUAUUCCUCCUUCUUCUGUAGAAACAGAAGACGUAGAUAAUAAGGAAAGAGAUGAACUUGCUUUCAAGAAUAUGUGGAACUUUAACUUACCUGAUGCAGCUUUCGGUUCAUUGGUGCUUUCUAUUAACCAAGGAAUUGUUGCUUCUGAAAUGAAAUCCUAUGGCUUGAAUUUCUCUUUCAGAAGAAAUCAACAACUACAGCAACAACAACAGCAACAGCAGCAGCAGCAGCAGCAGCAGCAACAACAGCAACAACAGCAGCAACAACAACAGCAACAACAACAGCAACAGCAAGAAAGUCAUUAUAAUACAGAUACCAUCAAAAAGAGACAAAGUGCACAGAGAAACCCAUUUACUGCCUAUGUAGGCGGUCUUUCUAAUACCACAGUGAAUGAAGAAGAUAUUCGAGAGUAUUUUGGCCGUGAAAAUGUAAAUAAUGGAAUAUGUACAAUACACAAUUUCACACACACACACACUGACUGUUUUUUUUAUAGGUUACCUUUGUUAAAUUCCCCAUUGAUCCUACGACCCAGUUACCUAAAGCGCAUUGUUAUGUUGAAUUCGUCAAUCAAGCUGCACUUGAACAAGCUUUAA